AGCGGACCAGGCCCGACAAGCUAUAUGUUGCGUUGGCGAAGCUGCGCAAGCCCCUAGGAAUUCUCUUUGACCACUGCUGCACAGCCACAGUGGCUGCUUCACCGCACGCCAUCGCUGCGACGCCCCUUUGCCACCUUCACUGCCCUCAGCGACCACUAUGAUGCUGCUACGGGCGCGCGCCGUCGGCGCGCGCGCGCUCACGGCGACGCGACGCACCCCUACACUCCACCCGCGCCUCUUCUCGGCCGCACCGGCCAACCUGACGCUCGCCGAGCCGCCGCCGCCGCCCGCGCCGCCGCCGCGCAAGAACUGGGACCUUGACGGAGACACGCUGAACGUCUGGGUCGAGGCGGACUUCUUCACUGAGGACAGCGCGACUAAUGGCGUCUGCGCGCUGCCGGCGGCCGUCUUCGGCGAGCCGUUCCGGCGGGAUAUCGUCCACGAUUGCGUGAAAUGGCAGCGGAAUAAUAGGAGGCAAAUCCACCGGGCCUCGAAGCGGCGGGGCGAUGUCAGAGGGAGCACGCGGAAACUCUACAAGCAGAAGGGCACGGGGCGGGCUCGCGUGGGGAGCGCGCGGGCACCUAUUAGGAGAGGCGGCGGCAAGGCGCACGGGCCGACGCGUCGCGACUUCGCUACUUCGUUCAAUCGACGCCAGCGCAAGAUGGCGUUGAGAGUUGUCCUCUCGCAGAAGCUAAGGGAAGGGAGGUUGACCGUCGUGCCUUCAUUAAAUGUGGAGCCGCGCACGCGGGUCGUGGCCGCGGCCCUGCGGAAGCGGGACAUGGCCUCGGCGCUGUUCGUCGACGACGUCAUCGAGGAGGGCCUGCGGCGGGCCGUCGCGAACGCGCCGCGCGUCGACGCGCUGCCGCAGAUCGGCGCGAACGUCUACGACAUCCUGCGCCGCGACCAUCUCGUGCUGUCCGAGAGCGCGGCUUUCUCGUUGGCGGGGCGGUUGGUGGGGCGCUAACUUUAUCUAUUGUC